CCCACAUGUUCCGGAUAAGUUGUACAGUGUACAUGCAACGGGUAGCCAAGCAGGGCUGCAUUUAUUUUCACAUACUCAUUUGUUUGACAAGCAUUGGAGCACAAUGGAAUUUAACCACUUGUACACACAUCAAUAAAGGUUAAACUACUGCAAUUGAUCUUGCUCAGUUGUUGUGAAGGUCAUAGGCAGCAUAGUUAAAUUCCAUUUCCAAAUGGCGUCAAACAAGGACGGAACCCCUCAAACCCCUCAAGAGACAGAAGAUUCUACAGGACAGGAUCGGGUACGAACUCUUACGGAAAGGGGAGAACAACAUUAUGAAGACAAGAGGGAACACCAUAAGGACAGAGUGGAAAAGGCUUGGACCAGAUUUCAAGAAACAUUGAACCGAAUUUCUAAUUGUGGAAUCAAUGAUGCAGAUGACUUGGAGUUGGAGUUGCAACAGAACUACCAAGGUUAUAAUAAGACUUGUUUAGAUUUUUUUGAUUUUCUGAAAAGAGAAAGAACAGAAGAAAGUAUGAAAGAGUGGAGAAUCUUUGAACAGUCGUGUGCAAACUGUGAGAAGAUUUUCAAGGCUGCAAUGACGCAGAUAAAAAUCAUCAAAAAUGUGGACGCAAAGUCAGUCGCCUCGUCAUCUUCAAGGAAACUAAGAGCCACCAUAAAAUUGGAGGAAGUUCAAGCCAAGUUGAAAUUAGCAGAGGAAGAGGCAUCAAUUCAGAAGAAGAAAGCAGAAAUACAACACAAAAAGGAAGAGGAGCAACUUAACGCUGAGCUAUCGGUUCUUAAACUGAAGAAAGAGGCAGUAGAAAUGGAGGCGGAAGUUAAAGCUGCUUCUAUCUAUGAUGAAGAUGAACGUCCUCCCUCUUUAGCUAUUCCUGUGGACCAAACUCGUACUGAGCGAUAUAUCACUGAACAUUUUUCCCAUCAAUCGGAGAAUGUUAUUCAGCCGAGGACUGUGAAUCCAGUACCCAACCAGCACAAUUCUGAAGAUAGGACCGAGCCAUAUAUCGCUGGACAUUUUUCCCGUCAUCCAGAGAAUGUUAUUCAGCCAAGGACUAUGAACCCAGUACCCAUCCAGAACAAUUCUGUAUAUAGAACAGUGCCUGUUGUUCACGAACAUUCAGUCAUUCCCAAUCAUGACAACAAAGUUGCGUCAGAGUUGACUUCCUUCCUUCUAAAGAAAGACCUACUAAUGACAAGACUUUCAACAUUUGAUGAAAAGCCAGAGAAUUACUCUGCGUGGAAGACUAAUUUCAGGAGCAUCAUGUUUGAGCUACAUGUGAGCCCUUCUGAAGAAAUGGAUCUACUUAUUCGCUGGCUGGGACCAGAUUCAGCUAGACACGCUAAGACUAUCAGAUCAUCACUAGGUUCUGAUCCAUCACAGGGAGUUAAGAGGAUAUGGGAACGUAUGGACGAGCGGUUCGGUGCCCCGGAAAUGGUGGAGGCAUCCAUCAAGCACAAACUUAAUUCAUUUCCAAGACUUGGGAACAAGGAGAAUAAAAAGUUAUAUGAGUUAGUGGAUAUUAUGAUAGAGAUUGAAUCAUUAAUGGGAAAUCCGCAUUACUCCACAUUACUAUCAUAUUUCAACUCUUCCUCGGGAGUUUCACCCAUCAUCCACAAGCUUCCUUUUAAUCUACAGGAGAAAUGGACGACAAGAGCGGCAAAUUACAAAAGGCAACACAACGUAUCCUAUCCACCCUUCUCCUUUGCAUUGGAUUUUGUACGUGAGUUGAGCAGAAUUCGCAAUGACCCCGCAUUUUUUCACAUAGAGACUCAAACAACCACAGGUAAACCAUCUACCACGUCACGCAUGACUACAGACCAGAGGUCAGUGGUUGUCCGGAAGACAGAUGUCCAUACUAACACUUCAGGGCCUCCAGACAAAGUGUGCCCGAUACAUUUAUCAGAUCAUUCUUUAAACCACUGCAGGGAAUUCUCAAGAUGGGAUAUGAAAAAGCGCAAGGACUUGUUAAAGAAGAAGGGCAUCUGUUUUAAGUGCUGUGCAUCAAAUAACCAUCUGAUGAAAAACUGCAAACACCCCAUACAGUGUGAGAAAUGUGACAGUGAACUACACCCAACAGCACUGCACGUUACUGAGUCCAAUACUAGAAGAACAACCUUCAACAGUUCAGAAACGGCAAACAAUUAUGGCGGGGAGGGAACAGAGGUAUCCUCUAAAUGUACUACACUCUGCGGCUUUGUUAAUGGUGGACGCUCCUGUGCUAAGAUCGUUCUAGCGAAGGUAUUUCCCACUGAUCGUCCGCAAGAUGCUGUGACUGUGUAUGUGUUGCUUGACGACCAGAGCAAUCACACCCUAGCGCGCUCUGAACUUUUGAACCAACUUGGGGUCACAUCUGAUCCUAUCCCUUAUAGACUUAAAUCCUGUGCUGGAGUGACUGAGGCAUCUGGGAGAAGAGCAGUUGGAUUCUGUAUUCAGUCUAUGGACAGACUUGCUUAUCACAAGCUGCCGCCCAUUAUAGAGUGUAAUGACAUUCCAGAUAAUGUGAUGGAAAUUCCUACCCCAGAGGUUGCCCGUGCUCAUCCUCACUUACGACACAUCGCCAAUGAACUCCCCCCACUCCGCAAAGAUGUCAGCAUACAGCUCUUGAUUGGUAGGGACUUGGUGGACGUACAUCAGGUGCAAGGUCAAGUGACAGGACCCUCGGCAUCUCCCUUCGCACAAAAACUGAGCCUUGGAUGGGUGAUAAUUGGUGACGUUUGUUUGGAUGGUCGUCACAAGCCGAGCGAUCUCAGUGUUCUAAAGACUAACAUUCAGCAUGAUGGUAGAGGGACAAUAUUUACUCCAUGCCAAAACAGUCUUCAUGUUAAGGUUCAAGGCCCUCUAAACAACGGAUCUUCUCAGACCCUAGAUUUUAAGGGGGAUAGUGUGUUUUACACAGAUAGACAUGACAACAAGAUUGGAAAUUCAGUAGAGGAUCGAGAGUUUCUAUCAAUGAUGGAUCAAACGUUUCAUAUGGACUCCAGGGGAAAUUGGACGUCUCCCCUCCCCUUCAAGAACACGCGUCCAACCUUGACGAACAACAAGGCUCAAGUUUUCAGACGGGCCAUCAACCUAGACAACAGUUUGAAGAGAAAUCCUGAAAAACUAAAGCAGAUGCGUGAAUUCAUGGAAAACAUAUUCAACACAGGAGCAGCAGAGAGGGCACCAGAGAUACCAAAUGGACACGAGUGCUGGUACAUCCCAAUAUUUGCUGUGACACACCCAAAGAAACCUGGCAAGGUUCGUGCUGUGUUUGAUUCCUCGAUAGUACAUCAGGGAUGUUCACUUAACGAUGCUCUUUUGUCUGGACCCAACUUAACCAAUAACUUGCUCGGAAUCUUGUUGCGAUUUCGCAAGGAUUCAUGUGCCAUAGCUGGUGACAUCCAGCAGAUGUUUUACCGUUUCUUUGUGAAUGAGAGGGACAGAGACUACUUACGAUUUUACUGGUACGAAGACAAUGAUCCACAUCGUAAGAUGAUCGAGUAUCGUAUGACUGUCCACGUUUUUGGGAACAGACCUUCCCCUGCCGUGGCGACAUACGGGUUAAGGCGUGCAGUACGAGAUGCGGAUACUGAGGUCGUUAGCUUUGUAAACCAGGACUUUUAUGUUGAUGAUGCAUUGACGUCUAGACCAACUCCUGUUGAAGUAAUUGACCUGAUGAGGCGAACUCAGAAGGCACUAGACAAAGAAGGUAAAAUACGACUGCACAAGAUCGUAUCAAAUGUACAAGAGGUAUUGGAUGCGUUUCCUCCAGAUGACCUAGGAAAGGACAUAAAGGAUUUCUCAAUUGGUGACGAUGACAAUUUGGUUCAGCACAGCCUAGGAUUGGCCUGGAAUUUGAGUUCUGACUGUUUCAUCUUCCAGAAGCCAGAUGCUGAUGUCCCCUUUACUCGACGAGGAAUCCUCUCCAAGGUCAAUAGUAUCUUUGACCCCAUAGGCUUCCUGUCUCCACUGACAAUCUGUGGAAAGAUGAUUCUACGUGAGAUGUGUACAAGAAGUCCAAGCUGGGAUGAUCCUUUACCCGAAGAGCACAGAGAUAGAUGGGAGAGUUGGAGCAUGUCCCUAGACCAGCUGAGCACUCUAAGGAUUCCCCGUAUGUUUGUUCCAAGUUCGCUAAGCUUAGCCCCAGACCCACAAGUGCUGAUAUUCUCUGAUGCAUCCGAAACAGCGAUUGCUGCCGCAGCUUACCUGAAGGUGAAUCAUUACAUAGGAUUCAUAAUGGGAAAGUCAAAGCUCGCUCCUUCAGCAGGACACAGUAUUCCACGUUUGGAACUUUGUGGAGCCGUAUUGGCAACGGAGAUUGGAGAGUUCGUCUCAGAUCAUCUUUCUAUCCCAACGUCCUCUAUUAGGUACUUCACAGACAGCAAGGUCGUAUUGGGGUACAUUAGAAAUAGAACAAGACGUUUUUACAAUUAUGUAAGCAAUAGGAUAGUACGUAUUCAUGCGGUGUCAACCCCUAGCCAGUGGAAUUAUGUACCUACUCACCUGAAUCCAGCUGAUGCAGCAACUAGGGGAUCAGUUUCUGAUAUGAGAAAUAUGUUGGACACCUGGCUCACUGGACCAGAGCAGUUUUGUUCAAAAGACUUAACAGAGAUUGGACCAGAAGUUGACUAUCCACUUGUCAGCCCUGACGAAGACAAAGAUAUUCGACCGGAAGUGAGUGCAUUUAAAGCAGACCUAUCAGAAAAUCUGACUUCAAUGGAGGAUCGUUUCGCAAAAUUCUCUACAUGGGACAGUCUUUUGUCUGCACUGUCUACCCUUCGCCAUGUGUCUGCCUCCUACAGAGGUUCAAAUGACUGUACAGGCUGGCACUUGUGCCAGAACACCAAACAUGAAUCUGAGCUCAAAGACACGGAGCACUUCAUCCUUAGAUGUGUGCAACGUCAGGCCUUUAAGGCUGAACUCGAAGCAAUUGAAGGAAAACAUAACCUACCUAGGAACAGUCGCAUUCAAGAUUUAUCUCCAUACAUUGAUGAUGUUGGCUUGCUGAGAGUUGGAGGCCGUCUCAACAACUUGCUGGGCAGUGGACUUGCUUCGUUGAACCCUGUUAUAGUUCCAAAUGGACAUGUUGCUACUCUACUGGUACGUUUCUUCCACAAGAAAGUUUUCCACCAGGGAAGAGCAAUUACUGAAGGCGCCGUGCGUUCUCAUGGCUUUUGGAUCCUUGGAGGAAAGAGACUUAUUUCGUCCAUUAUCUAUUCAUGUGUUGUUUGCCGGAAACUCCGCAGGACACCCCAGGAGCAGAAGAUGGCAGAUCUUCCUUUGGAUCGGCUCACCCCAGGACCCCCAUUUAUAUCUGUAGGACUUGACGUAUUUGGUCCAUGGCCGGUGGUUACCAGAAAGACGCGUGGUGGGUCCGCUCAGAGCAAAAGAUGGGCUGUGUUAUUUUCUUGUCUAACCACACGUGCGGUUCACAUCGAAGUUAUAGAGGACAUGUCUAGCUCAUGUUUCAUCAAUGCCCUACGACGCUUUGUAGCCUUGCGCGGACCAGUUAAACUCUUUCGCUCUGAUAAGGGCACUAAUUUUAUUGGAGCCGUGAACGACCUCAAUGUGAAUGCGGUAAAUGUCGAAGACAAGAUGGUCCAGACCUACCUGAAGGAUAACAGAGCAACCUGGUUGUUUAAUGCUCCCCAUGCAUCUCACAUGGGGGGUGUUUGGGAGCGGGCUAUUGGCAGUGCUCGCAAGAUCUUGGAUUCUAUGCUUCUUCAAGAAGGGCCUAAAGAUCUGACACAUGAGGUGCUAGUUACGCUUAUGGCCGAAGUCUGUGCAAUUCUCAACUCCCGCCCGAUAGCGGCGAUUGAUACAGACCCAUCGUCUCCUAUGGUAUUGAGUCCAAACAUUUUACUGACCCAGAAGCAGGGAGAGAUUGGAACAAUCUCGGACCAUUUGAGCAUCAAAGAUAUGUACUCUGCAAGUUGGAAACAUGUCCAGGUGUUAUCUGAUAUGUUUUGGAAAAAGUGGCGUGCCACCUAUUUGGAGAGCUUACAGAGGAGACGUAAGUGGUGUUCUAGCAAACAGAAUCUGAAGACCGGAGACAUUGUUUUGUUGCGCGAGAAAGAUGUUCAUAGGAAUAUGUGGCCAUUGGGGAUAGUCGAGCGCCCAAUUGAGAGCAACGACAGAUUGGUCCGAAAGGCUGUCAUUCGUGUCGUCAAGGAUGGAAAGGUGACGACCUACACCAGACCUAUUGCGGAGAUGGUACUUCUUCUGGAAUAGUGAUUACAUGUACAUGUACAUGUAUUUACGUUGUGUAUCAGUUUCAUUUUAGUGAUAUAUUUGUGUUAGUUCAAUAUCAGUUAUUUGUUAUAUCAAUAUGAUAUAAGACGGGGAGUGUAGUGUUACUUAUUCCGGAAAUAUUAUAUCUGCGCUGUUUGUAUUUUAUGUUUGACCCACAUGUUCCGGAUAAGUUGUACAGUGUACAUGCAACGGGUAGCCAAGCAGGGCUGCAUUUAUUUUCACAUACUCAUUUGUUUGACAAGCAUUGGAGCACAAUGGAGUAAGUAGAAUUUGUAAUAUGUCUAAUUUCUAUGAAUGCAUAUAUAUGUUUUCUGAUUUGCAAGGCGGUAAUUUUAUGCAGGUUUUGACUUUGUUUAUCUGCCACCAGUGUGCUAUUUAUAGAAUCACUCUAUAGCAAUGUUUUGUGUAUUCAAGCUUAAUCAGGUUCAUCAUUAGACUUAACAUUUUUAACUUUUUGUAGUAUUUAGAUUAAACACAUUGACAGAAAACUGUAGGAAGGAUUAAGUGCAUUAUGACAAGUAUACAUGUGUAUUAGGUUGUUUAUUUACAUUCAGAAACCGCGCGAAAAUGUAGUGCAAAUGGCAUGUUGUAAAAUGUGGAUUUUCCUUAUCAAAUAGAUCAGGUUCAUUUGUUUUACACCAAAAUAGUCAAAUAUCUAGUCAUGCAAUCUUUCUUGUAUUGCACAGUACAUCUGUGCUUUUUUAGUUGUAUUUUUGUAUGUUAAUGAACGCUUUGUUAUGUUUUCAGAUUUAACCACUUGUACACACAUCAAUAAAGGUUAAACUACUGCAAUUGAUCUUGCUCAGUUGUUGUG